UGUUGAUUGAUGCUUCCCGGAGGUGGUGGGUCCAUGAAAGACUGCGAGUAUAGUCACAUAAGUACUCGCAGCUCGUCGCCCAUGGAGUCCGCACACAAAAACAGCACUCCCAGGAGGAAAUGGGAAGUUUUCCCCGGCAGGAACAAAUUUUUCUGCAAUGGAAGGAUUAUAAUGGCUCGACAGACCGGCGUCUUUUAUUUCACCCUGGUCCUGAUUGUGGUCACCAGCGGACUGUUCUUCGCUUUUGAUUGCCCAUACCUAUCGGUACACAUCACCCCCGCUGUGCCGGUGAUAGGAGGGAUCCUGUUCUUCUUUGUGAUGGGAACCCUGCUGAGGACCAGUUUCAGUGACCCCGGAGUUCUGCCCCGAGCCACCGCACAUGAAGCAGCAGACCUGGAGAGCCAAAUAGAUGUUGCCAAUGGCUCCAGUUCAGGAGGAUAUCGCCCCCCUCCAAGGACCAAAGAGGUGACCAUCAACGGACAGAGUGUGAAACUGAAAUACUGUUUUACCUGUAAAAUAUUCCGACCGCCUCGUGCCUCUCAUUGCAGCCUUUGUGACAACUGUGUGGAGCGCUUUGAUCACCACUGUCCGUGGGUGGGUAACUGUGUGGGGAAAAGGAACUACCGCUUUUUCUACAUGUUUAUUUUGUCGCUGUCUUUCCUGACCAUCUUUAUAUUUGCCUUUGUCAUCGCCCACGUCAUCCACCGGUCUCAUCAGACAGGAUUCUUGAACGCACUGAAGGACAGUCCCGCUAGUGUGCUGGAAGCAGUCGUUUGCUUCUUCUCUGUGUGGUCUAUUGUCGGUCUCUCAGGAUUUCACACAUACCUGAUCAGCUCCAAUCAAACCACCAAUGAAGAUAUUAAGGGAUCAUGGUCAACUAAAAGAGGCAAAGAAAACUACAAUCCCUACAGCCAUGGGAACAUUGUCACUAACUGCUGCGUGGCGCUGUGUGGACCAGUACCUCCCAGUUUAAUUGACAGAAGAGGCUUUAUUCAGCCAGAUACACCACAGUCAGUAGCACCAUCUAAUGGAAUCACGAUGUAUGGGGCGACACAGUCUCAUAGCAACAUGUGUGACCAGGACCAGUGCAUUCAGAGCACUAAAUUCGUUUUGCAGGCUGCAGCCACACCCCUGUUGCAGACUGAGCCCCACCUAACCAGCGACGAGCCGCCCCUGCCGGGGAAGAUCUCCCUGAGCGCUCCCUGUGCCCCCCUGCCCCUUGGACAGCCCACCCCGCCGUCCUCCACGCCAAACCUGUCAUGCGACACCACGCUGUCGGACAUGCUGCCAGUGCGGGAGGAGCAGGAAGGACCCCACUUCCUGACCCCAGAGGAGGCCCCCUCCUCGCUGGGAAUGCUGUCCUCGGGGAGCUCCCUGACCCACAGCCACACCAUGCAUGUGUUCAACCUGGCCAGCCAGGACUCUCUGCAUGAAGACUCGGUGCGAGGCCUUGUCAAGCUGAGCUCCGUCUGAGCACAUCCGUCCCCACUGAAAUCCCUGUGAUAUUCCCAGGACAGACUGGAAUGGACAUGCCGAGGGACUCAUUCCCAGGACAGACAGGAAUGGACAUGCAGAGGGACUCAUUCCCAGGACAGACUGGAAUGAACACGCAGUGGGACUCCCCUUUCGGAAGCUUGUGUUUUGGUUCUUAGUUAAAUGCUGCCUUGCAGAGCCUUCAGUUUAUGCAGGCCAGUCAUGCCAGACUUGAGGCACAGUUUCACCGUGAUGAUCAUGCAAGACAUUGUGACACGCCAUGCUGAAUCCCUCCUGAACUGGAAUGCAUCGUUUGGUAAAGCAGCCAAUGUGGACACAAUGGGCUUCUCUUAUACUGUGCAAGUGUUUAACCUAUAUACUAGCUGUUCAUCGUGUGUAUAUUCAAUUCUGUGCCAUUCUGGACUGAGAUACAUGAUUUUCCUGUUUUAAGGUUGAGAAUGGAGCUCCUUGUUUCAGUCAUUUAAAGAAAUCUACAGAUAAAGAAAUCUACAGGAAUAAACUGCUUUUUUCUGUUUUAUAUUCAUGACUGACGGCACUAUUUUCUAAAAGGACUGUGCAAAUAUAUACAGUAUAUAUACUGUAAUGGACAAUAGUAUUGCCUUUCUUUAUAGUGAAUUCCUUUGACAAUGUAUCCACAGCAUCAUGUUGCAUAUCAUUUAAGCUUUUUUAUGUUUAAAGUGGUUAAAAUGAUGGUAUUGUGUUGUGCCAUAUCACCAUUUUAUUAUCUCCAAAUGUUAUAUUUCCUGUGGACAUUAAUAAAAUUACUGUUGUAUGGAGUUUCUGACACUGA